AUCUGGAAAUAUGUAUUCGAGGAAGUAUAGCGGAUGUCGUUGCCCGAAAACUGUAGUAGCGUCCGUGGCGAGAAGAUAGAAUUUAACUUCUGGAAUUAAUUGCUCCAUGAGCGUAUGGUGAUAUACAGCCUGAAAAAAUUACAUCACGAAGAAAAUAGCAGAAUUAAUUGAGGAUAUGGAUUUGUUGACAUGCGAAUUUUAAACAGCUGCUUUUAAAAAUGUUCAUCUUUUAUUUUAUUCACGAAUCAUCCUAUUAGGAUAUUUAAUGUUAUUAUAGAGUAAGCUGUAAAUAAACUAUUUGGAAAAUGUCAACCAAUACUCAGUUCUCGAAUCUUUCACCGGCAAUAAGUUUGCCUAACAUGUCAGUACCACCACCAUCUGCUCCAAAUUUAUCAGCACCACCUCCUAAUUUAACAACCAUAAAUACCUCUGGAAGUUAUCAACAUCGAUAUACCAAUCAUAGAGAGGCAAAUCGCGGUUUUUUUAAACCAUUCAGACCAUAUCAUGCCCCUAAAGUAGUAGCGGGUGGUCAGGAUACUUUACAAGAUGAAUUUGAUGGAAAAAGACUUAGAAAAUCUGUUAUGCGAAAGACGGUUGAUUAUAAUUCAGCUAUAAUUAAAAGUUUAGAGAACCGUGUAUGGCAAAGAGAUUACAGGGAUAGACGUGCUCUUCAACCAGAUGUCAUAUAUUAUCCCGAUCUUCUUCCACCUCCAAGUUAUGUCGACAAUCCAAUUAAUGCUGUCACUACAAGAUUUGUAAAGACUGCUACUAAUAAAAUGCGUUGUCCAAUAUUUUGUAUGGCAUGGACACCGGAAGGUAGACGUUUAGUUACCGGAGCAUCUAGCGGCGAAUUUACUUUGUGGAAUGGUCUUACGUUUAAUUUUGAAACUAUUCUUCAGGCACACGACAGUCCUGUAAGAACAAUGGUAUGGUCGCACAACGAGAGCUGGAUGGUGACAGGAGAUCAUGCGGGUUAUGUUAAAUAUUGGCAGAGCAACAUGAACAAUGUCAAGAUGUUUCAAGCACACAAAGAAGCAAUUAGAGGACUCAGUUUCAGUCCAACGGACCAUAAACUGGCAACUUGUAGUGAUGAUGGUACGGUCAGGAUUUGGGACUUCCUACGCUGCCAUGAAGAACGAAUUCUCAGGGGUCAUGGUGCAGAUGUUAAAUGUGUACAUUGGCACCCACAAAAAAGUCUAGUCAUCUCAGGAAGCAAAGAUAAUCAGCAACCUGUAAAGCUUUGGGAUCCAAAAAGUGGACAAUCACUUGCUACUCUACAUGCACAUAAAUCAACCGUAAUGGAUAUUAAGUGGAAUGAGAAUGGUAAUUGGCUAGUGACUGCAUCGCGAGAUCAUUUGCUUAAAUUAUUUGAUCUCAGAAACCUCAAUCAAGAAGUCCAAACUUUUCGUGGUCAUAAAAAAGAAGCAUCUAGUGUUGCAUGGCAUCCAAGUCAUGAAGGACUUUUUUGCAGUGGCGGUAGCGAUGGUGCAAUACUCUUUUGGCAUGUCGGAGCUGACAAAGAAGUUGGUGCAAUAGAACAAGCUCAUGAUAGUAUAGUAUGGACAUUGGCAUGGCAUCCAUUGGGACACAUUCUAUGCUCUGGAAGUAAUGAUCAUACUUCUAAAUUUUGGACACGCAAUAGACCUGGUGAUCUUAUGAGAGACAAAUAUAAUCUUAAUACAUUACCCGCUGGAACAGCAGGAGUUGAUGAUCAUGAAAUAGCCGAUGAAGCAGCGGUAAUACCUGGUAUGGGACCAGAAGAUAGAAUUAAUGCUGAUGGUGAAUUAGAAGAUAAAAGUGGAGAAAUUCCUGGAUUAGAUUUAGAUCAUGCAGUGGACGAAGGGAAGAAAUUUACCAAUAAAAAGGUCCCAUAUAGUAAGCCAAUACCUAGAAAUUUCCAGGCCCAAUGGAAUGAAAUGGAGGCAGAAGAUAUGGAGCAAGUAGAAGCCUUGAAUGCUUUUGUAAAUCAAUUAAUCGAAACAACGCCAGGAGCUGUACCGUUAAGCGAACUUACUCCUACUGCUAUUAUAUUAUAUGGCAAAAUGAUAACUGUUGAAGCGGGAUCAAAAUUAUCGGAAGCAAUUGGUAAAGGAAACGAAGCUAUAAAUAAAUUAGUAUUUUCCGGUGAAAUAGAUGAAUUGAGAGACGUCGUGGGUCCAUUAAAUAGCGUCGACGAGACAGAAGAUUAUUUACAAGACGAAGGAGAAAUAGACUAUUCUAAAGUUCCCGAUAUUGAUCUACCUCCACCCUUACCUAGUUCGAAGUUUGCACAAAAUCCAGAAUUACUUAAAACUUUAAAUCGUGGCGGAAAGCGAAAGUUUGACCAAUUGAUUGGUUGGAGUGAUGGAGGAGCUAGUGAUCGAACAUCGAAAAUUCAUCAACCAGUAUUUGGUGGUGUAAUUACAGAAGAUGUACAAUCAAGUGAUGGAGACACUAGAUACAGUUCUGGUAAAUCCAAUGAUAAUGGUUCCUUCCAAGGUCAAGACGAAGAUUUAAGAAGAGAUUCAAGAAGUAUGCAACGAACGGGUGAUGAAGAUUUAAGAUAUAACACAUCCAGUGGACCUGGUAGACCAGGAUCUCGAUCGGAAUACGAUAUAAGAAGCAAUUAUGGAGACAAAGAUUUUAGGAGUAUGAAUUCACCGGGAUUUAUGUUAAAAAAAUCAUCUGAAAACGAUUUGUAUGACGAUAAAGAACGAGAUGGAUCUCGAUGGGAAGAUGACAAGAUAAUGGGUAGUGGCUCUAGAAAAACAGACAGUAACUUUUCGAACAGUAAUUUUGAUAAACGGGAUAAUAUUCAAUUAAAUAUUGGACCUGGAAUGGGUAGUAAUUUGUCUCAUAUAGGAAAUAAUAUGUCCCAUUUACCAAACCAUCAUAACAUGCAAAAUAUUAAUCCUAACAUGCCACUACCAAUACCAAAUCUUGUUCAACAUCCAAACAUGCCUCAGCAUCCUGGUAUGCAAAAUAAAAUGCCUCCUCAAGGAAUGGAUGGACCAAUCCCACCACACAUGAUGCAUCAUCCUGGUAUGCAUCCUGCUUUUGGUCCUAAUGGACCACCGCCACCGGGAGGUUUCGGUCCCAAUUUUAGACCUCCCAAUGGGAAUUUUGGACCAAACCAACAUUUCAGGCCAAAUCCUAUGCCACCGUUUGGUCCAAAUCAAGGACCACCUUUCAACAGUAAUUUCCAAGGAACACCACCAAACUUUCGUGUACCUAAUUCCGGACCACCCAACUUCGAUCGUCCUGGUUUCGGCCCAAAUUUUCGUGGACAAAAUGUUGGUGGUCAAAAUCCUCCAAACCAUUUUAAUUCUAAUUUCGGUAAUUUCGGUUGUAACAAAAGUGGACCUAAUCGUGGAAUUAAUCGUGGACCUAAUGACAAUAAUAUGGGAAGAAAUGGAUAUAACAAUCGUGGAAGAGUACGUGAUAGUGAUCAAUCAAGAGGUACGAGAGGAAGAGACAAUUAUUGAAAGGAUUAAAAUAAUAUGAAAAGAAGUGUUUAACAUUGUCUAACAAUUAUCAAUGAAUUACAUUCUGCCUAUGCGAACUGAAGGAACUAUACUGAUUGCAUUGGUAUUAUUCAAUAUUAUAAUUUUGCCUAAAUGGUGACGCGUCAUAAGCAGUGCCGUGUAAUAUACUAAUUCAUGUUGAUUGCAUUAUAACGCCUUUUACAGAGAUAAUUGAAGCAUUAAUUGCUAAUUUAUGAAUAUGACUUGUAUCGGUGAGGAGUGCAUUUGUCUUUAUAAAUAAACUUUUGCUUUUUUUCUUUUAAAUUCGAAGAAUUACAGAAUCGAAACUGUUGAUUGAGUGAAAGUUCGUGGAAAAAUUGAAAAUUAUUGUCGAAGGUGAAUAAACUUAUGUACAGGAUUAUUGGUAUUAAAAAGCAUAAUGUACGUUCACUUGAUCUAUUAUAAUUAUUAUU